AGGAGAUUGAUUUCGUUGAGGAUACAGAGCAUGUAACAGAGUGCUUUUGCUGUUUAGCUAUUUUUUUUAUUUUUGGUUGAAAGCAUCCCUUCAUUUGAAGCCUUUAUAUCUAGAAAAAACUAGAGGGAACAACCCCCCCGCGCUUUUCUGUCAUCCUCUCUCUUCUUCAAAAAAAAACCAAUCUUCUUCUUCUCCAACUCCAAUUUCUCUCUUCCUUUGGAUUCCUUGCCUCCUUUUAUUAAUCUCCUCCGUGAAUAAUUACUUCCUUAUUUUAGCCUCAAAAAGGUUUUCCUGUUUCUCUCGUUUGCUUUGAGCUCUUCAAUGGCCUUUUUUCAUCUUUCAUUCUUAAAGGGGAAUUCAAUUCAACGACACCACCACUGACCUUUGUUCCCUCCUCCAGUUCUCCUCUUCUAUUUCCAUUAUAGAGGGUUCAAUUCAAAGUCAAUUUUUUCGUCUAUUUAUCUCUUUUAAAUACCUUUUUUUUUUUUUAUUAUUUCUGGGUUUUGCAUUAUUUUGUAUUCUGUUCUUCGCAUGCCUGUUUCUCUUUCUUGGGUCUUCUUUGUUUUUGGGGUUUAGUUAAAAAGUUUGUUCCUUUUUUAAUUUAAAUUUUAAUUUUUUAAAAAUUUCUGGGUCAUUGGUCUCGGUCAGCUAAUGGUGGGAAUUGGGUCGUUUUCUUAGGGGGUUUACUUUUUUGUUUUUUGGUUUUUGUUCUUUUCUGUUUGUAAUUAUUUAAAUUGUUGGUGACGGGAAAUUUUGGUUUUUUCAGCUACAAAGUUUCAUAUAUUUCGGGGCUAAAAAAAAAGCUAAUUUUGAAAAUAAAAAACCAUAAAUUUUGGGUUAUAAGGUCAGUAUUGGAUAGAGUUCUAAUAGGAACUGGGGUUGGUGAAGCUGGGUUUUAUAUUCGAUCAUAUUUAUGUAUUGUUCAACCCGUUUCAUUUGAGUGAUAUUUGAUCCGCUUUCUUGAUUCUUUUUAGCUCUUAGUUGGAGAAAUUUUCAAACUUUACUGCACUUUAAUUCCAUCAUCAGUUUUGCUCAUGUCAUUUUAAGGUAACAAAUAGAUAGGUUUUACCUGGGUUUUGGUUGUAUUUUUAAAAAAUUUUUACCUGGAAAUUUUGUUAUUCUAUGAAUAUGGAACGGAAAAGUGGAGAGGAAGGUGGUGGUGUCAGGACACCAAAGAAAUCAGAUGAACAAGAAGGAGGUGGAAAUUCAAAGAUGAAGGGUACAGGAGGCAUUAGUAGCAAAGAUAUGAUCUUUAGAGCUGAUAAAAUUGAUUUAAAAAGCUUAGAUAUUCAGCUGGAGAAGCACCUGAGCAGGGUUUUGUCUAGAAGCAUUGAGAACCAAAGGCCUGUAGAGGAGUGGGAGAUUGAUUUGGCGAAAUUGGAUUUAAGGCAUGUUAUAGCCCAUGGAACCUAUGGCACAGUGUAUCGUGCCACUUAUGAUAAUCAAGAUGUUGCAGUUAAGCUGUUGGACUGGGGCGAGGAUGGUAUUGCCACAACUGCUGAAACUGCUGCUCUGCGAGCGUCAUUUCGGCAAGAGGUUGCUGUUUGGCACAAGCUUGACCAUCCUAAUGUUACAAAGUUUGUCGGGGCCUCAAUGGGAACUUCAAACCUUAAGAUUCCUUCAAAAAAUCCUUCAGCUGACAGUCACAAUUCCCUUCCUUCUAGAGCAUGCUGUGUUGUUGUGGAGUAUCUCCCUGGUGGCACGCUUAAACAAUACUUGAUAAGAAAUAGGCGAAAGAAACUCGCCUUUAAGGUCGUGGUCCAACUUGCUUUGGACCUCUCUAGAGGUCUCAGCUAUCUACACUCAAGAAAGAUUGUACAUCGUGAUGUCAAAACAGAAAAUAUGUUACUAGAUAUUCACAGAAAUCUCAAAAUUGCUGAUUUUGGUGUUGCACGUGUUGAAGCUCAGAAUCCGAGGGACAUGACUGGUGAAACUGGUACUCUUGGAUAUAUGGCCCCAGAGGUUCUUGAUGGUAAGCCCUACAAUAGAAGAUGUGAUGUCUACAGCUUUGGCAUUUGCUUGUGGGAAAUUUAUUGCUGUGACAUGCCUUAUCCGGAUCUUAGUUUUGCUGAUGUGUCAUCUGCUGUUGUUCGACAGAAUCUACGACCAGAGAUCCCUAGAUGCUGCCCAAGUUCUUUAGCAAGCAUCAUGCGAAAAUGCUGGGACGCAAAUCCUGAGAAACGUCCUGAAAUGGAUGAGGUUGUAAGGAUGCUAGAAGCAGUUGAUACAAGCAAGGGAGGAGGGAUGAUACCUGAUGACCAUACGCCAGCUUGCUUUUGCUUUGCCCCUGCUCGCGGUCCAUGAUUCCAGAGCUGGAUUUCCAAUGGAGGCCGUGGGGGCAGCUGCCCUUGAAAAUCCUAUUAAUGUUUUUGGUAGUAGUAUUCUGUAACUACCACACUUAAAAGAACAGAUUUACCCUCAUUGAAAUUCAAUGAAGUAUCUUAUUUUCAA